UGGCGUUUGAUGGGAUGUGAGGACAAGUGAUGGAAAAAGUGAAUAUUAAUCGAAAUUGAAUGGGUAUUGUGUGAAAAAAUGUUGCACUAGUGCGUGCUGCAACAUCGAGUGCAUCCAACCCAAAGGUGGCGCGAGAGGUGCUGGGCAGGAGGCACCGUCAGAAGGAAUCCCUCAGCUGGAGUGUGGCUGUUGCCCGAAAAAGGGGGGUGUCGUUCAUUUUUUCCGUGGCUCGGGCGCCUCUGUUGGACGUGUCGCGCGCGCCCCACGAGCAGUGGACUGCGAGUCGAACGCGGGGUGCUGUGAGCUGGAGGCCCACCACGCGGGGCCACGCGAGUGUGUGAGGACAGGGGCCACCGCCUCGUGCGAGUGACGGGCAGUGAGUGAGUGUGCAGAAGGUCCUCGUGAGGCUCCUCUGGACAGGAGGAUUAUCUCCCUGAGCCCCAAAAUGGCUUCAUCGAAUCGCGGCAUUCAGCUGGGAUCCGCCUGGUUUCAGCGCAAAAUCAACCUGAGACCUCAGCACCGUGGUGUUCAUCUCGUCACCGAGGAGAUCCUCCGGCAGAUGCCAGAGCUGGGACAAUUCUCCGUGGGACUGUGUCACGUUCAAAUUUUACACACAUCCGCAAGUUUAGCGCUAAAUGAGAGCUGGGAUCCAGAUGUCAGGGAUGAUAUGGAAAUGAUGCUAAAUAAAAUAGUCCCCGAAGGUUUACCUUAUCGACAUUCAUGUGAGGGACCUGAUGAUAUGCCCGCACAUGUGAAAGCCUGCUUCCUGGGCAGUUCAUUGACAAUCCCCAUCACAGACGGCAAACUGUCGCUGGGCACGUGGCAAGGUGUCUGGCUGUGUGAGCAUCGCGAUCAUGCAGGUAGUCGUAAGCUCGUGAUAACACUGUCCGGCUGUCCGAGGGACUCGGCGCGCAGUCCUUUGUCGCCGGUGUCACCAAUUGCCUCGACGUCCAGUUAGGGAAGGCCCCGCUCCGCUCGCGACAGUCGGUAAUCGUCAGCGCGAGGGAGCGAAGAGUCUCACAUUCACUACACCACAAGCAAGAAGGGCGGCCGAGGAGGGUGAGCCGGGCUGGAGAGACCCACCAGGUGAGCGCAGGAGAGGAUUUUGGUGGUGUUUUCCGGCGAUAUGGAAGGGAGAUUCAAAACACUUGUUGAGAUGGUCAAUUCUCCGACGAGUGUUAAAGGAUACACAAGUUUACUAGAAAGAGGAAAGCGAUGGACGCGCGCGAAGAAUGGCAAAUAAUUUGCACUUUACAAGACACAUCGAUCCUCUUCAUUAGCAAUAUGAUUAGUGGGCAGAGAAGGCGAAAGAGAGAGAACACUAUAAGAGAAAAUUAUUACAAAGAGUUACAAUAUAAGAAAUGUUUUACAAACCAUCAAAAGGAGAAAAAAAACUAUUGUUAAGGGAUAUUAUUGUUAUUUUUGUGUAAUACCACCAAAUCGUAAAAUCACUACUUAAAUUCUUCCUCUUUAAUUUUGAGAAUAUAAAGAAAACAACUCAUUCAGGAGAUCUCUUUGUGGCUAUCUCUUGUUAGGUAUCCGGGAAUUACGGAUAAAUCUGGAUAGAAGCAAUGGUAGUGAAUUAAAAAAGAGAGUUAUCCUAAAUGGGGAAUAUUGAUGAAAAACACACAAAACCACGUUGCACGCAAUUAUGGGCAUUUGUUAUUGUAAUAACUUGUAAAUCGUGGGGUGGAAUUUCUCUUGUGAAAACACGAAGGAGAGAAAAAAUGCCGCCUUCACCAAAGAAACUAUUAUUUGACAAUUUAUAAAUAAAUUUCAUGUGAUGAACUGCUAAUUUUAUGAGAAACUCGAUAGUAAAAGUGGCGAAAUAAAUACAUUUAAUGAUAAGAGAGUGAAAAAUGAUGAGAAACCUAAAAACUAUUUAUAAAAUAAUGUCUCUUCUGCACAAAUCACUUUAAGACAAAAAAUGAGAAAAAAAACAUUAAAUCUACCCUUUUAAAUCAUUAUAGAGAAAGAUGAGAAAACAAUUAAAAUACCUAAUUCAGUAGGCGAGAAGAGGAGGGAAAAAAUUGUAUAGAAGCAUUAAAGAAGAAGAAAAUCUGAAUAUUCUUUGUAUAUGAAUUUUCCUAUAAAAAAAAAACAAUGAAAAGAUAAAACUAAUGAGUGCAAGAAAACAACUUAUUUUAGUAUUUAUCAAAAUGGAAAGUGCGAUGAUGAUGGAUGUAAAUGACGUCCUCUCUAAUAUCUUAUUUACUCUUUUCGAGAAAGAGAAACAAGACAGGAUGAAAUUGACAAACCGAGUGUAUAAAAAUGUCAAGUUAAUUGACGGUGAAAAUUGAUUAAGACAGAAGGAAAAAAUCUAACAAUUCAUUCAUUAUAUUAACUACAUAGUUGAGAAGAGAUAGAGAAAAGCAAAAUCUCUCAAGGUGUAACAAAAUUUUUCUUAUUAGACUUCUAACAUUAAAGAUACUAAAGAAAAGCAACUUAAUGAAAAAAAACGUGUAAAUAGUUUAUUAGAUGAUGAAAACUUACAAAAACAAAUUGAUUAAUUAUUUGCAUUUUUACACGUUUGUUAUUCUUGUAAGUCAUGUCAAUAUUCCAGCCAGAGACAUAAAAAAAGAGAAAAGCUACUAAAUCAGACAAAAUUAACAUUAAACUCACUCUUUCGUCCAUGAGAUUUUUUAUGCCAAAACUGCAAUUGCCAUAUUAAUAGGAAAAGUCAUAGAUAGGUUUGUCUUCGUAACACAAAAAGGGGUUUAUCGUUGCGGAAAUUUUCAGCUUAUCAUGAUAUUCAGAAAAGUAAAAGAGUUUGAACAAAAUUCUAUAGAUGACUGAAAUGAUAUUGAUGAUUCGAUAUUAUGGAUAAAGUUGAUUUUUUGAACCUGAGAAGUAAUGUCAUGUUUGUGUUCUGAUGUUAGUAAGAGGCCAAAUUAACUUGAAACGUGAUACAGUGACAUUUACCAAAAGUGAGGCACAACGCAAGAUUUCAAAAAGAUAUUACUGUUCGAAAUCAUCUUUUAACACCGCUUAUGAUAAACCCUUGAAAGUGAAGCAAACAAUCGUGAACCAAAAGUUUUUCUCUAUAUAUCAAAAUUGUCUUAGAAAAACAAUCCAUUUUACUGGAACACAGAGAGUCAACAGUUUUUUCUUCUUAAUGUAAGGUAAAACAAGAGAGUUAAUUGUAGGAAUUGAGGGACUUGCAUCUACUUAAGCAGUAAAAUUCCAUGAAAAUAUAACAAUUCGAGGGAAAAGUAUAACAUGAAAAACUAAUUACAGGGUCAUUUGGUUAAUUUUGGAGAUGAAACUACACUUUGAGCAGCAUAAUGUAUUUUUUGGCUUUUUUGCAUCUCUCGUGUCAAUCUAUGACAAGUCAUUCAAAAUACACCGGGAGUAGAAAUGAGCUGUCCAUCGGUUGAAAGCUUUUCGAAUUUAUUACAAAAAUGUUGAAUGUCCAAAAAGGAAAAUGGCAAUCAGAGCAAAUCUUGAAACUUUUAUGCAUUUCCGUCUGUUCUUUCGUAUUCGCGAAACUGGGGAGAAAUUCCGAUGUAGUGCUUCUGGUGAGGAAGAUGGACAGAAAUGCAAUGAAAUCAUAGUGAAUCUAAUGAGCGAAUUAGCAUUUUUCCGCAGAUUGAGCCAUCAAUGGAUGUUUUCCCCACUAAAAAGACCAAUUACUUAGUCGAUGGAAGGGUUUUAAGAGAGUGUAGCUAAAUUUUUGUAAGCAUUGCACUGCCAAUCAUUCGUUCAGUGUUCCGAAAAAUCAUUCGCUUUGUUUCGCAUAGAACUCAAUUUUCAGUUUCUUCUUACAAAAGAUGAAUUAUAUUAAUGGCAAUUAAUAUUGAAACGACAAUAUGUAAAUAAAUAAAAGGUGAAUGGAAUUAAAAGAAAUGAUCGUUAAUAAAUCGAAAAAGACAUAGAAAAUAUGCCAUUUGUGUAAAUAUAAUUUCGAUAAAUUGAUAUCAAAACGGAUUUUACUUAUAAUUUAACUCGAGUUGUUUCAGUUUAUUCUUCCGUAGUUUUCCCUCCCCCCGUAAAAGUGGAAGUAAAAACCCAGAUAUGCGGAUUGAAGAGCGAGUAUAAAGUUGAAGAGGAUAUAUUUUGUUAAAUAAAAAUAGAAUAAUAAAAUGAAAAUAAAAAUGAGAAAUAAAUUGAAGAUGAUUAACUAAUGCCGCCGCAUUGACGAUCACUUGCGAGGCGAUUUGACAAUAUUAUAUCAAAUUUAGCAGAUGAGAAAUGAAGAGAGAGAAAAAAUGUAAUUAAAGAAAGAAAAUUAAUUAAAAUGAUUAUUAAAUCUAUCGUGUAAAUAAAUAUUAAGAGAACUAUGAUGGGGAAUUAAACAGUUUAAUUUGUUUGUCUGCAGUGUUAGUCGAUUGAAGAAAUACAAGACGCGAUUUGAAAAUUGACGUACAGUGAAGAGCACAGUGUUCCUAGUGACAGUACAAUUCUUUGUCUUGUAUUUGCGCGUUUCUCAUUCCCUAUUUUUCCUAAUUUUGCCCGAGAAUGAUAAACUCUUGAUUUAUAAUUAGAAGAGACCGUCGAUUCCUUUCAUAAUAUGUAAUCACGUAUGCAAUUCUGGAUAGUUUUUUUUUCUGAAGAUAGGUGGAUUUAUUUUUAAAAGGAAUUUUUGUUUAAAUCAUUAGUUUGCUCUUUACUGUACUUUUAUGGCACUAAAACACCACAUUACAAUUUUUAAAUAAUUUUUCCUACAAAAUGUCACAAGUUUGGGAAUGUUGAUUACACAAAAUACACACUUAAGGAAAUUAAAAAGUAUAGCCGCAUGAAAAAAAAUCAUAAAACGAAGAAUGAUGAGUGUAAUGUAUUUAGGUGUAAAAUCACGAUGAAAAAAUUGGGAUCCCGUUUCUACUGUAAUUCUGUAAAUACAAAGUAAAGAAUAUUGGAGAAUUAUUAGAUAAAAUGUAAAGAGAAGUUAUAUUGUUGAUUAAUUGAAUUACUGUAUAAAUUGGUUAAGAGUUAUUUCAAUUUGAUUAAUUGUAAACGAUCGGAUGUUUUGGAUAAAUGAAUAUAAAGCAAACCAUGUGAAUGAAGUUUAAGUGUACAGAAUUAUUUAGUGAUUUUUCCGAAAAAAGAGUAAUGAAAGAAAAAAAGAUUAAAAUUCACUCUUGCAACAGGCACAAUGUUCUGUAGUUGAGCGCAAGAAUAGCUCGGUUAACAGCAUUUAAAUCGCAGUUUUUUCAUCUAUGUCCUCAUGUGAAAAAGUAAUAUGCAAAUUAGAUACACAGAAAAUAAAUCAAAAAUUCAUAACAUUGCAGUCUUCCUACAGAGAUUUUCAGUGAAAACGACACAAACACGUUUAGUAAGGGAGAAAAGAAGAAAUGCUGAAGAAAAACCACACAAUGCAGACAUUCUCACUUCCACUGUGUUUUUUCGGGUGAAGAAUGAGGUCAGAGAAAGUGCAAUUCCCCAAUAAAAUUAUACUCACACACGCGUUCAAUUGAGGGGCAAAUUUUGGGAGACACAUUGUAAACGUAAAGUCCACAACGAUGUAAAAAAAUGAACUAGAAUUUUCCGUUAAAUGUGACUUAAGAUCCGCUUUUUUGUUUCACUUUUAUCUUCUUUCAUUUUGUAUUUAAUGUUAGGGAAAGUAAUUUUGAACCGUCCUUGUGUUUAAAGUAAUGAAAAAGGUGAACAUGAUAGUAAUUCAAAAGACUAUGUAAAAAAUAUAGUUCUUUUUGGUGUGAAAAUUCCUUGUUUUUUUUAUUGAUUCAAGUCAAGAGAAACAUUCCAAAUUUUAGGAAAUUAUCCUCUAAAUGAGGUUACACUUUGUUAACAUCAGAAGAAACCUUGUGUAAGGCUACACGGUGUAUUCAAAAUUAAAGAAAACACACAUAGAAAAGAAAAUUGAGAAAGAAAAAUAUGAAACCCGAUGAAGAGAAAUCAUUGGAUACGAUUUAAUUGAAUUUAAACUUAAUAAAAACUUUUUAAUGUGAAUAUAAGUUUUAGACAAAAGAAAAAUGAAAGAAAUAAUAGAAUCUGCGUGUAGAUAAACUUUAAAGGAAUAAACAAAAGAGAAAGAUAUUAAAAAUAGUGCUUUUCUAAGAAGAAAAAAAAACAA